AUGGCCGAGGGCCGGGCGGGCGGCGCUGCCGGCCUCUUCGCCAAGCAGGUGCAGAAGAAGUUCAGCAGAGCCCAAGAGAAGGUACUGCAGAAGUUGGGGAAAACUGUGGAGACCAAAGAUGAACGGUUUGAACAAAGUGCCAGUAAUUUCCACCAACAACAGGCAGAAGGUCAUAAGCUAUACAAGGACCUGAAGAACUUCCUCAGUGCAGUCAAAGUGAUGCAUGAAAGUUCAAAGAGAGUGUCAGAAACCCUGCAGGAGAUCUACAGCAGCAAGUGGGACGGUCAUGAGGAGCUGAAGGCCAUCGUGGCGAAUAAUGAUCUCCUUUGGGAAGACUAUGAAGAGAAACUAGCUGACCAGGCUUUGAGGACCAUGGAAAACUAUGUGGCCCAGUUUAGUGAGAUUAAGGAAAGAAUCGCCAAGCGGGGCCGGAAGCUUGUGGACUACGACAGUGCCCGACAUCACCUGGAGGCAGUGCAGAAUGCCAAGAAGAAAGAUGAGGCCAAGACAGCCAAGGCAGAGGAAGAGUUCAACAAAGCCCAGGUUGUGUUUGAAGAUCUGAACCAGGAACUACUAGAGGAGCUGCCUGUCCUUUAUAACAGUCGUAUUGGCUGUUAUGUGACCAUCUUCCAAAACAUUUCCAACCUGAGGGAUGUCUUCUACAGGGAAAUGAGCAAGCUGAACCACAAUCUCUACGAGGUGAUGAGCAAACUGGAGAAACAACAUUCUGACAAAGUCUUUGUGGUGAAGGGACUCUCAAGCAGCAACAGACGCUCUUUAGUCAUCUCUCCCCCAGUUCGAACAUCUACAGUCUCCAGCCCUCUAACCUCACCUACCAGUCCUUCCGCACUUUCCUUGAAGAGUGAGAAGGACUCCAGCUCAGCAAGUGAAGAAGAGCUGGCAUCUGAUUCAGCCCAGGGAGAAGACAACUCUGAGAUUAAAGAAGAGCCCUUAAAAGACAAGGAAACAGAGGAGGAGGCUGAGACAAGCUCCUCUGAGGAAGAAGAGCCUCUGCUAGCCUGCAAUGGCCCCACCCAGUCCCAGCCCUCACCCCUCACUGAGGCUAGAGAGUCCCAGGAGGAAGUUUUCCCUUGCUCCCCAGCUCCAUCACCAGCCAGAGCUCUGACCCCUUCAGAGCAGGCUUCAUCUUCCUCAGUAGUAGUCCUCCGAACUCGUACCUCAAGCGAGGGAUCUGAAGAGCUAAAGAAGACAGUCUCUGUGCAGAGGGCUUCAGCACCACCUAGUAGGCCUCCGCCACCCAGAGCCACUCCCAGUCCUAGGGGCUCCUUAGGGAACACGCCCUCCAGCCCUCCAGCCUCACCCACCAGCCCUCGGGCUUCCUCAGAGGCCUCUCCUGACCCACAGCCACCAGAGAAGCCAGUAAGAGAAAAGGAAAACACCAGCAAUCUGAACCCAGAAGAACUUUGUACUUCCCCUACUUUGAUGAUCUCUCAGAACCAAAGUCUUCAGCUUCAUGGCUCUGCAGUUCCAGAAGAGAGCAAUGUCAUAGCACAUGAGCCUGAAGAAGAGGUGUCUACCAUUCAAAAUGCCCAACUCUGAAGAGGAACCGCGAGGACCUCCCCAC